GUCGGAUCUCGGACGAGAGCCUGCAAACCCUAGUCCCACUCGCUUCACUCUUCUUCCCCGCGGCAGGCCCCAAAUCCAGUUCCCCUCUCCCAUUCCCACCGCCGGCCGGCCGCCACAUCCGCGCCAAUGGCCACGCCACCCACCGCCGACGAGCCUCCCCCUCCGCCUAAUCCUGACGGAGACGCCCCCUCCCCGCCCACGGACGCCGAAUCCCCCCCGCCGCUCCCGGAGGCCGACGCCCCUGCCGCGCCGCCCCCGGACGCCGACGCCGACGCCCCGCCUCUGCAGCAGCCGCACCUCCCGGACGGCAUCCUGGAGGACAUCUUCCUGCGGCUCACGACGGCGGGGGACGUCGCGCGGGCGUCGGCCGCCUGCGCCUCCUUCCGGGCCAUCACGUCCGCGCUCCCGUUCCGGCGCCGAUUCCGCGCGCUCCACAGGGCCCCGGUCCUCGGCUUCCUCCGGGAGGACUUCUACGCCGCCCGCCCGCCGCACCCCUCCGCCCCGGCCGCGCGCGCCCUCGCGCGGGCCGCCGACUUCGCCUUCUCCUUCCUCCCCGACGACGCCGCCUGCUGGAGCCCCCGCGACGCGCGUGACGGCCGCGUGCUCUUCUCCGCGGUCCCCAGCUCCCACGGCCGCGGCAGCUUCGCCGACGCUACCUCCACCACCUUUGUUGACCUCGUCGUCGCCGACCCGCUCUUCCGCCGCUGCGUCCGCGUCCCGCCCGUCCCCGACGACCUGGCGGCCCCCGUCCUGCGGUGGGGCAUGCUCGACUUCGAGCCCUUCCUUGCGCCGGCCAGCGCCGAGGACCUGCGCGACGAGGGCGUGCCCUUUAGGGUCAUCGGCAAGGUGCUGUGCGAGGACAGGGUCGCCGUGUUCGUCUUCUCCUCGCACACCGGCGAGUGGCGCAGCUACGGCUCAAGCGAGUUGUCCAACGACUUCGCGCUGGAUGCCUUGUACGAGCGGCGCCACUAUGUGCAGGGCUGCUUCUGCUGGCUGUUGGAGUGGAUGGAGAAGCUGCUCAUGCUUGACGCCGGCACGAUGGAGUUCUCCAUUGUCGACCUCCCGCCUGGCAACGACGAGAGGCGGUUCGCCAUUCUGGAGGCAGGGCAGGGCAGGAUUGGGCUGCUCAAUAUUGGUAGAAACACAUUGGACUUGUACUACAAGACCUGGCCAGGCAAACGCAAUGAAGAGUGGCAACACGAAACGAAAGAUCACCCAUUGCCCGACUAUCACUGGCGCAUCAUAGGUUCUGAUGAGGAGUACUUGCUCCUGAGAGGGAUUUCGCUUGAUUGGCCCUGGUUCGGGAGUGCUUCAUCAGAGAGUCCGGAUAUUGAGUAUUUUGCACUGGAGCUCAAGGCAUUGCAACUCGAGAGGAUGUAUGUGUCCAAGCACAAAAUGUUGCAUGCUCACCUGUACAGGGGCUACCCGCCGCAGAUCUCGGCACCAACUCUAUGAACUGUGGUUUCAGGUUUGCAAUAUUGCUAUCACUUUUACAUUGCUGCCAUACAGACUAUGACAACUGUUAUCUCAUUAACACUUUUAGUAAAUUUGAUAUAGUAGAUGAAAACAACUUGGUAUUAUUGCUUCACUUAUUCGGUAGUGAGCAAAUGGAGAGAGUUUUAAUUGAUUUUCAAGAAAUGUUCAGGAUAGUGGUAACUGGUACCAUCUCGGUCAGGUGCUGAAUAGGGAUCAAUAGGCGAAUUGGCCAUUUAACUGCAUUUAUCGGUAGGUUAACUAGGGCCAUACCAAACAUGUAGCUAUGUGUUAGCCAUAUUCUGCUUGUCCCUCUACUAUCCUUUUUGUCUUUUCUUUCUGCAUAAGUCACAUUUGGGCUGUCCUCACCGCUGGUAAGCUGAUGCCCAUUCGCCCACUAUUGUUCCAGCGGUGGGUGUGUAAAAAGCCCCCCCCCCCCCCCCCCCCCCCCCCCCCCCCCCUCCUCCCUGUGCAAGCACUCUUCUUCCCCUUCUCCAGCCGCCACCUUCUUCCUCUCUUCUCUUUCCCUUCCCAGAGCACGUCCCUAGCUCUUGCUUCCUCUCAUCCUCUGUCUAACACCGAGCACCUAUCAUCUCUCUGCUUCUCUCCAUCCUGAGGGAGUUGCGCCGCCGUGGGAACUGACCGGUGGCUGCUUGAAUCAUGAGCGGGAGCCCGAAUCCCCCCGCCCCCCGCCCCCCCAACCGUAAGAAGUGAAGCAGCUGGAGAUGUGCACGGGCUGGAAAAUUUGGGCUCUAGCAGCCCAAAACUGCCAGCCCAGUUCAUCGCUGCUCACCCAAAAUUUUGGUCUGACAACCGAUUUUUCGGCCUGUCAGACUGAUUACCUGCCUGGGCAAUUUUCUCAGCUGAAUAGGUUUUUCGCAUCGGCCACCCUCCGAGACAUGAUUAACUAGACACGAUUGACUGGCCAGUUGACUGUUAUCUCGGCCGAUAUUUGGAACACUGUUUUAAAGCAUAUUUGAUAUUCCCUCCGUCCACAAAAGUACAUUGUAUUUGACUAUUAGCAAUGGGCCCAGUAAAAUGAAUAGGCUAAAUUAUCAUCAUUCCUUUCUCUUGCUCCAAAGUGCCCGUGCAUGUUUUCUUUCCAAAGAGGCAACUCUGCUGAUGGGAGUAAUAGUUUGGGGGCAUAAUAGGAAAUGUGGAUUAAAAUGUCUACAAUAUUGUGAAUAGAGCAUAGUGAAGUACAAAAAAUGGCCAAGUGACCUACAUUUAUUUGGAAGGGAGUAACUGAUUAGCUGUACACACUUCUCUUUAGCUUCUACAUGACCAUUUUCGUGGCUGUGACACUUCUCCAUGCCAAAGAUAUAGCAGGAAAAAUGGUUCCGGUGCCAUGUACAUCCUUUUUUUUUUAAUAUAGAACAGUGGGAGCCUUUCCUGCUGUAAGUUAUCAAAAAAGAAAGUUGAUAUUAUUUUCUGGAAAGAUACAUGUGGCAACUUGAUAAUCUGCCCUAAAUCCGAGAUUCUGUUCCUGUAAUGCCUUUGAUGAGCAUCUUUGCCAUUUCAUGUUGUGAUUUUGUCUUCUUUUGCCAAAAACUAGGGCAAUGGUCUCAGGUUGGAAAUUGAGUGGUGGCGUGUUGUCUAUUGCAGGUUACAUAUCCUUGGUCCUUGAAUGUGGAGAAGUGGCUA